AUGCAUCCAGGUCAAGGCAUGGCAGAAGAGCCAGGUCAGGAAAUGUCAGGGAGAAGUUUUUUUAGAAGGUACAGUAUUCAUCAGAAUCAGAUACAUAUUUCAUUCAUGACGUUGGCUUUGCAGUGAAAAGCAUAGUGUCAGAAAUGUAGUUUGGUGCAUAUAUUGCAUUCAUGCCAAGGUCAUCAUUUUUUUGUGAAGAAUAGCAAUGCUAGUAAACUAUGGUAUACUUUAGUAGUAAACAAGUAGUAAAUUAUGAUAUAGUUUUGAUUAAUAAUUUCAUUCAUAUACAUUUAGAUAUUGAUGCCUGCUCAGAAUUAAAACAAAAAGAUGAAAAAGGUAUAUCUUGAUAGGAUUUAUAUAGAUAUAUAUAUGUGUAUGUGUAUGUAUGGAUGUAUAUAUGUAUAUAUGCAAGUGUGACUUUUGGGACCAGGUUCCAUCCCUCCCUCACCCAAGGUCCCAAACCAAAGUAUUUAUUGUGCUAUUGUUGAAAAUGGAUGACAUGUGCAGAACAUUCUAAUCUGUUACUGUAUUAUCGUUACUACAAACAUGUAAGAUUAAUUAGAGAGUAGAUCAUUGCAUUUGCAUAACUGUUCGUUAUCCUCCGAGAGAUGCUUGGAGAAAUAAACUCUUAAUUAAUAUAAAACAAGCUACAAUGUAAAUUCCAGUUGAAAUAAAGUUCAUGUAUGUACAUGUAAUAAAUAUCCUUUAUUUUAGCACAUAUCAUUGGUGAACUUCACCGGAAAACUGUGGCAAAUGCUUUUUGGGAGUGUGAAUUGUAUGAAGAGCUCUCACAGAGCAAUAUAAGUGACAAGUGGUCAUUUACCAAAGAGUGUAACGAGAAUGAGCUGUCUGGUACGAAAGAUAAUGCUAUUGAGUAUAUGGUAAGAAAACGGACCUCGACAACAUAUGAUCACGAAUGCCAUCGAAGUUGUGCACUAAAGGGGUAGGUUGACGAAUACUUUAAAGUACAGUAUGCAUUGUAACUUACAUUACAGGUAACACUGGAAAAAAUUAAUUUGAAUGACAAAUCAAUGUAAAAUGAUGUGAUAAAAUGUAUUAUUUGUUUAGGUUGUGGCAAGUUAUAUGUUCUUGAUGGGAAUUGGAAGUUGUCUUAUGCACAUUGCAUGUUCCCUGUUGCUGUAAUCAUUGCUGGGUAUGAAAAGGAAGUUAAUUACCCAAAGAUUUGUCCUAGGAAUCCGGAACACCUGUCAGCAUUUUGUGACAAGCAUUGCAGUGUGGUGAAAAAAAGAGGUGUCCCAACUGAAUUAAAGCUGUUUCUACAGUAUUGCAGAAAUAAAAAUAAAGGUAAAUGUAAGGCUAGAUUGGGUUAUUUUUUAGAUAAAAAAUAUAGUUUUGUGACCAUGUUUUAUGUACUGUUUAAUAAACGAGCAGGAGUGUUUUAUUAGGUUUAAAGCCACAAGCGUGAAGCCCAAGUGGCUUUAGACCUAAUAAAACACGACCUAUGAGUUUAUUAAACGGCUUCAAACACGACUACAAAUUCAAUAGAUAUACUGCCUUAUUAGUAUUCUAUUCUUUAUAUAAAAAAUACUAAUGAAGACACAACUACAAUACAGGGUGUAUAAAAAAAAACUGAACAGAUUUAAAAUUGCUCUCAAUUUCGCAAAACACCUAUUUGUAUCCGGUUUUUUAUAUAUGUGUGGCCUCUUUGGGUACUUAUAAUGUAGAAUAAUGGGAAAAAUUUCUCAAACUCAAAUUUUGUGAACCAGGGGGGGUUGUCUUUUCCAACAAACUAAAAAUGGCUCACGCACAAAAUUUAAAAGCUGCAAUCAUAUUUUGAGUUAACAGAUGGAAAAUUUGUCGGGUUUUUAAUUACUGUACAAAAUUUCAGAUAUUUUGGUUUAGUUUAAGCCUCUUAACUAUUCAUGCAAAAUUACAUUUUCCCUAAAAAUCAGCUAUUUGCAUGCUUAAUUAAUGCAUUUGCCUAAUUUGCAUAUGUCAGCAAUAUGCAAAUUAGGUAAAGGCAUUAAUUAAGCAUGCGAAAGGCAGACUUUUUAGAACAAAAUGAAUAGUUAAAGGGCGUAAACUAAACCAAAUUGUCUGUAAUUUUGUACAGUAAUUAAAAACCCAACAAAUUUUCCAUCUAUUAACUCAAAAUAUGAUUACAGUUUUUAAAUUUUGUGCGCGAGCCAUUUUUAGUUUGUUGGAAAAAACACCCCCCCCCCUGGUUCACAAAAUUUGAGUUCGAGUAUUUUUUUUCAUUAUUCUACAUUAUAAGUACCCAAAGAAGCUAUAUAUAUAAAAAACCGGAUACAAAUAGGUGUUUUGCAAAAUUGAGAACAAUUUCAAAUCUGUUCAGUUUUUUUUUAUACACCCUGUAGAUACUGCCUUAUUAGUGUUCUUUAUAUAAAGAAUACUAAUUAGGAGUGUUUUAUCAGGUUUAAAGCCACUGCAUGUGACAUAUUAUGGUUGACAUGAUUUGUCAAUAAGCUUAUGAAUUAUUAUUAUUGAGUGUUUGAAAGGGAAUUAUUAUUAUUGAGUGUUUGAAAGGGAAUUAUAAUAUAGCAUUUGUAAAUUCUGAAUGCCGAUUGGCUAAAAGCUGUGUUGAUAUAACUCAAAGUCAACACAGAAACGUCGGGAAAUCGUCUUUCUUUAUGUUUUUUUGUGCUAUAUUAUAAAACAAAUAUAAAACUCUUUUCCUUAUACACUCAUGGAAAUUGGGAAAAUGAGAAAUUGUGUAGAAACACGACGCCCAAAGGGCAAAGUGUUUUCACACAAUUUCCACUUGUGUUGAUAUAACUGUAUAUUUGUUAAUUGUUUGGUAAUUUACCAUAAUAAUCUUUUAUUUACAGUAAAAUAUUUGUUUAUUGUUGGUGACAUUUUUCAGAAAUCUGAAACUGACAUUUUAUCUUUCUUGGUAUACAUUUAAACUUACAUUUAAGUGUAACCGCUUUAACAUGGCAUUUACAGUAAGUGCAGUAAAGGUCAUUGAAUGCUCUCUAGUUAUUACUAUUUCACCAUGUUUAUAACCUGUAAUGUUUCAGAUCCCGCUAUUGUACUUGAAGAAAUUGAAUUUGAAACCGUUGACACAGUUGAGGACAAUGCUGCAGUGUAUCAAGGUACAGUUGUGCCAAAACUCUGUGUAGACAUUUAAAUGAAUAUUUACAGUCAAGUAGACUACUUGCAACUUGUUAUUAUCACUACAGUACAGUAUUAUGAAGGCAUUUAGCCAUCCUCAACUGUGACUUGCACAUUAAUAAAUUUACUGCCUCAUGAAAUUGGAUUUACAAUGUAUUAUUAUGUGUUUUGAAGGAUAUAAAAUGCAUACACAUGGCAAGCAUGUUGUUUGACAACCAGUUGGUCUGGUUAGAACACUACAAUGAAAACAAUGAGUUUUAAGCUUGGAACGACUUAGAGUACUGUUCAUUGUUACCUUCAAAACUCAUGUUCUAAUUACAUUAUUUAAAAUAACGUUCAAGUUGUAUUCAAUUGUACAUUUUUCAGGUACCAGAAAUUUUAUGGCAAAGCAUGUUGAGAUAAUUGAAGACUGCAAAUAAGUCGCGGUGGUGUCUUGCAACAAAGAUACGGUUGGGAAAAUUCACCUCCAGAAAUGGUCUAGGGGAAUUUAUAUAAUUGCUUCAGGUGGUGGUCACAUUGAAUACUGGCAACCGCUCUAUAAGUGACUAUUACUGUACUCCUGAGUGCCCUGAUCUUAAACACAUUGUCACAUAAUAGAACAAGUUAAAAUUUUAAUAAUAUGAAGACUAUAAUAAGAUCACCAAGAACAACAACAACUAUUUCUUGUAUUACAUUCAAAUGUGUUAUUUUGUUUCCAUUUAAUUUCCGUACUAUACUUAUAAGUGUGUGCUAGUAGAUAAAUUUAUACCAAACGUGUGUUACUGGAUAUAAUAAUAUUACAUAUGUACAGUAUAUAAAAUAAUACUGUAUAUGUAUUUUCAAUUUUAUAUUCUAGGUCUGAAUCUCCAACCCAGGCGUUUAUGAUUACCGUUGUGUGGCUAUAUAACAAGUUUAUGGCAUUGAAAGCAAGUGGCAAAAGCGACGAAGAGUUGCUUCAAGCAAUGGAGGAGACUGUCUUAGCUUAUGACAACAUGUGUCAUUUGGACGUUCUCCGCAUUUCUCGAAAGGAUUUGCCUCUUCCUGUGCCAUUCAACAAAAUGUGGCAGAAAGUUGGCAAGGUUAUUGAUCGCCUUCAUUUGCAGAACCAUAAGGAUCCAAAAUGCAAGAUAAUGUAUAACCCUGAUAGUUCUCUGUCGAAGAGCAUCAACACAAUGGCUGCAGAACAAGUAAAUGUUUGGGCAAGUCGGUUGAACAGAAUUAUGGUAUCAAUGCCAUAUAUCCAUCAUACGUUUUUCUUCCAUAGAAUGGUGAAAAAAAGAAAUGCAUAUACAGAAUUUUGCUACAAAGUUGGGAAGCAACCUGUACGUACUUUGCCAAGAAAAACAAUACCACCUUAAUUAUAUAUACACAUGUAGAUAAUAUAUACUACACAUGUAUGUAGUACUGUACCAUUAACAUAAUUUACUGCCAUGGUGAGUGCAACCUAUUGCGUGAAAUAUACAGUGUGUCCAGGCAGUCCAGCAGUGAACUAGGACGUAUUAACGCUAUUUUCCACUGAAGAUUUCAAAUUUCGAUGCUCUGAUCUUGUUCCUAAAAGAGAAAGCAGUACUUAGGCAACUAUUAGCGUUUGAUGGUUUUCUUUAGAAAAGGUUAUGUCCUGAGCAGCAUUUAAUCAGAAACUGAGUAUAAGGCUUACUGCAACAGUAUAGACCCUUUGCACUGAUGUCACAAAUUUUUAAAGUGUCCUCCAGAUGUUCCCUAACAAUAUCUGUUUGUGUACAACAACCACAUACAGCGAAAAAAUUAACCAUUUUAAUACAAAAUUAUUAUAAACUUUUACAAAAUUUGCUUUGUUUACAGAAGUUAUAUUAUGCGUAGACUGCUAAUUUGUAGUGCAAUGGGUCUAUAAGGCUUACUCCAACAGAAUAUUAUAAUGCCAAACAUCUGGCUCUUGAGGUGGCUCCCUACAGUUUCUUGAAAUGCAGAAAUUUUAUGAUUUGGAUAAAUAAAUUUUCAUUAUUGUUGCUCGUUUUGAACCGCAAUUGCGUGAUUCGUGUAAAACAAUAUUGUUAGAGUUGGGCAUGACUCGCCUCGUAAAAGUGAUGUUACUUUCCUUGUUAUGGCAACAGUGACAUUUCAAUAUGGCUGAUACUUUGGUUUUAUAAGUGUAUUUUACUCGAAAAACACCAAUUGCGGUUAAAAACGAGCGACAAUAUUGAAAAUUUAUUCAUCCAAAUCAUAAAGUUUCCACAUUUCAAGAAACUGUAGGAAGCCACCUUAAAUGACGGCUAAAUGUAAAACUUUGUUGCAUUUGCCCUCCCAAAAUUUCUUAUGAGACUAUGAGGCAUACAUGGUACGCUUGUGGACUGUAAAGGUCAUGCUAAAAACUUCAAAUGGAUUUACCCUUCAACUGCCAUUAGAUCUUUGUUCAAACCAUCCUUUAACUUUUGAAGCUCAUUUAAUCUCCGUUUCUCUAAGGAAAGAGCAGAAGAUGUACACUAGGACAGUAAUUUAUAUCAAUUGCAGUCUCCUAUUUUAGGCAUGUAAAUAGAAUAAACUGCAGAUUUUUUACUUAAGCAUAUAGUCUUACAUUAUUUAAGGUUUACCUCAAUCACAUUCUUGACACGUAUUGGACAAAUGUGCAUAGUAAACAAGAAGUAUUUUUAAAUUUCAAGAACUAUAGUAAGUCUUUAACAAUGGGGUUUAGCAGACCAUGUACAUUAAUUUACCCAUCAUUAAUAACCUUUCCGGUAAUUACGUCACAACUACAUUGUUUUCACCUUAAGUCACACUUAAAUGGAAUGGAUUUCAAGUUUUUUUCUCACUGGCUAUGUGCAAAGAAGCAGAACAUCCUUUAACACGUGCAUGAUAAACAAUUACUAUUUUGACCAAUAAAUGCAGGAAUAAGCUUUAAUAUGAAAACGAGGCCUCGUUUUCGUGUUAAUUAAAGUUUAGUCUCACAUUUAUUGCUCAAAAUAAAAAAAUCUUUUUCAUGCAUGUGUUGAAGAAUGUUCUGCUUCUUUGCGCAUAGCCAGUGAGAAAAAAACUUGAAAUCCAUUUCAUUUAAGGUGGUCCUAAGUUGAAAACAUGUAAUCACCGGACAGGUUUAUUGUGC